UCACCGAAGAAAGAGAAGACAAAACCGAUUAUUAAAUUGCGGGGCAAUACUUACAUGAACUCGAUGAGAAGGCACCGUCUCUUGUCUGCAAAGCGAAGAACUCAGCAGAUUGUCUGUCACUCCUCCCCAAUAUUUUCUGGCAUCCAAGGGAAUCAGAUUAUAUAUAUAGUUUGCCGUUAUUGUUUGGUCCCUUUUAUGCAGUGGAUUGUAGAAUUAUGACCAAAAGCAGCUUCAAGCAAGCACAUGAAUUUGAGAAGAGACAGGCUGAGGCCUCAAGGAUUAGAGAGAAAUAUUCAGACAGAAUUCCAGUGAUUGUGGAAAAGGCAGAGAGAAGCGAUAUUCCCAACAUUGACAGGAAAAAAUACCUAGUUCCAGCUGAUUUGACUGUGGGUCAAUUUGUCCAUGUCAUCCGCAAGAGAAUUAAACUGAGUGCAGAAAAGGCAAUCUUCAUAUUUGUAGACAAUGUCCUCCCAGCCACAGGAGCAAUAAUGUCUACCAUAUAUGAUGGAAAGAAGGAUGCAGAUGGAUUUCUUUAUGUUACAUACAGUGGCGAGAACACAUUUGGGUAGCUGAUGAUCAGAUAUUGCCUUAUCUCUAUCAUUUUUUAUUUUUCUCUAUCAUCGUUAUAUUUACCCAUGUCACCUCUUCCAGACCCUGCGUAAAGCGGGAGCCUUGUGCACUGGGUACGACCUUUUUUUUAUCUUUAUAUUUACCCAUGUCUGUUAACGCGUUAUCUUCUACAAUAUCGCAAUCUGCAUGACAUGUAAGUGCUUUCUCUGUUUCUGUACAGGAAUGGUUUGUAUACAGCUUUUCAGCAACUUAUAUGAUCCCAAUCUAAUGAAUAAUUCCUAAUCAUAUGCUUUUUAUCUA